AAUUUAUAAAAGGAGAUACUUGACGGUGAUACAGCUUGAUCGUUGUUGUCGCUGAAGGGAUCUAUAACGAUACUCGGAAAGCUAAACAGAAAACUCAACAAUGCCAAUUGAAGAUAGGUCAAUUCCCGAUCACUGGGAUGAAGAGCCGGGACAAGGGCCCAUCAAGAGUUUUGAUGGAGUUUACCGCCAGUGGUUUACAUCGAGACAUCGACUUUUGUCUCAGAAUCAAGGUGGUCAGGUCCCUGGUCAUUUUGUGAAGAUGGACGGAGAUAGCGUGACCGCAACUGCAGUCGAAAAAGACGACAAAGCAAAAUUUCGUUUACACAAUUUCACGGAAAACAAGGACGAGACGUGGUAUGACUAUUAUAUUCUGCAGAAUCAGAUCAGUGGGGGCGUGGUAGCCGUAAAUCCAGAGGAUGACACCAUCACUGUUAAGCAUGCAGAUGUCAUACGCUUCAGGACCAUCAAGCAGGUCAGAGAAGCCAACCUGUUAGAUGUGAUGUUCAUUAAGGAGCAGAAAAAAGCUUUGGACGACCACUUUUGGUUUGAGUCAUGUAUCGAGGAUGGUAAGAAGCGGGUCAUGGGAUUUGACCAGAAUGGUAUGCCCCUGAAAACUACUGAGGUUGAACCAGGUUCGAAAGAAAGUCUACUGGAGAUGAAGCGAGUCUGGAUGGAGGAGCCAUGAGAAGACUUUCUUUUUACCAGCAUUCAAAUUUUCCGUAUUAAAACGGUAAAAAAGAUUUUGUUUCCAAACUAAUGAGCAAACUACAAACGUAACAAAUCCUUCAUGAAGGUCUUGCCACAAAUAACACCUAGUCGCGAAGCGUAGUUAAAUUAGCAAGCCAAUAAAUGCAUAUUAUUGAAUAAAUGAAGUCUUAAACAAAGAAA